GGAAGCUUAAAAUCCGUCCACAAAAUUCCCAAUCAAAAAAUUUAAAACAGAUUCGAUUCCAGUGGUUCAUUAUAAAUCAAGAACUAUUCACUUCCGUCACGCCUUCAACAUUCACAUUCAAAUCGAUUAAUCAACCAACCCUUUAAAGUAAUAGGAACCCUAAUCAUUCAUUUCUCUCUGUUUUUCCAGUCAAUUAAAGAGGGAAAAUGAGUAAUUUGAGAACAAUUAUUAGGCCCCACACUGUGUUCACCUCGUUCAUGUGUUGCAGCAGCCGCUGCCACCAAUCUCGAUGCAGAGUUAGGGUUUCGCUUAGGAACCACCGUGAUUAUAAGACGACGCCGUUAUCAUUCUCUCCUUGGCUCAAUGGAAAUAGUAAUAAUAACAGUGACACGCCAUGGUUUCGCGCUAGUCAAAGGAGAACUGCCGUUAGGGCCGCUAAAAAUUGGACUGAUCAGAAAUCUCCUUAUGACACUCUCGAGUUGGAAAGGGGUGCAGAUGAAGAGCAGAUUAAGGUUGCUUACAGACGCUUGGCCAAAUUUUAUCAUCCUGAUGUAUACGAUGGUAGAGGUACCCUUGAGGAAGGGGAAACUUCUGAAGCUAGAUUCAUCAAGAUACAAGCCGCAUAUGAAUUGCUUAUGGAUGAUGAUAAACGCAGACAGUAUGAUAUGGAUCACAGGGUCAAUCCUAUGAAGGCCUCACAAGCAUGGAUGGAGUGGCUUAUUAAGAAGCGAAAAGCUUUUGAUCAACGAGGUGAUAUGGCUAUUGCUGCUUGGGCUGAGCAGCAGCAGCUUGAGAUGAAUCUUCGUGUUCGCCGUCUUACUCGUUCAAAGGUUGACCCUGAAGAAGAGAGAAAACUCCUGGCAAAAGAGAGAAAAGCAUCAAUGGAGUACUUUAAUAGUACACUUAAGCGACAUACACUAGUCUUAAAGAAAAGAGACUUGAUGAGAAAGAAAGCAGAGGAAGACAAGAAAAAGAUUAUUACUCAGCUUUUGGCUGCGGAGGGGCUCGAGCUGGAUAAUGAUGACGAAGAAACUAUGUAGAGAAACAGUUUAGCUCAUUACUCUCUUGUACAUCAUACAACAUUUCAGAAUGAAAUGCAUAUUCUAUUUGUAGAAUGGUAAAGUGUACAUAUGACUAAUUGUUAAGGAAUUAAUGAGGAUUGCCAUUAAGAACCA